AAGAAGAAGAAGAAGAAGAAGGAGAAGGAGGAGGAGAAGAUAAGCUUCAAUUUAUUGGAUCGGAUCGAAAUCAAUCAACCAGUACCAUUGAAAGGUUUUCAAACAUUGUGCUCCUGAAUCUUUUGAUCGAACAUCCAGAGCUUUGCAGGGUGUCUUCGUGACUCAUUUUCCUGCGAUAAUGGAUCCUGGGCGCUAUGGUCUUCAACAAGGAUGGGAUAAUAACAGCGCUUUGGAGGGUCAUGGUAAUGUUCACGAGCCAAACUUCCGGGUUGGCGGAGCAUAUGAUGAGCGAAGGUUUUUAGAUGAACGAUACGCGAGAGAUAACACUUACCCAAGAGAUGCCUUUCACCAUGAUAUUGCCAAUAGGGAAGACUAUCCACCACCGCUACCUUCAGCCUCUGGCAUUUGGGCUCCAUCAAGGAGGAGAAGUUAUGAAGAUGAAUACCCUAUUGAUAGGGGUUCUAGACGACAUGAAAAACCAUAUAAUGAGUCAUACCGUGACUUGGAUGCUUUUAACGAUCAUGAAAUUGAUACAUAUCAGGAUUUUGAUAGGUUUCGUGAUGGCUAUCGCAGUCUCAGUAAUCUUCGUGAUCAGGGAAUUGACAGGCUAGAUCGAUUUGGAAGUCGUGAGCGUGAUGAUUAUGCUUAUGAUGAUUAUGACUACAAGUCUGAUGUGUCCCAUCCAAAGAGAGAUGAUAGUUAUGAGAGGGAUUAUGACUAUGGGCGAUAUCGCUAUGAUUCAGAUUAUGAUAGAGGUAGUAGAAGAGAGGGUAAUUGGAGAAGGCGUGAAUCACGUGAUCGUGAACGCGACAAGAGAUGUUCAAGUUGGGAUAGGGAUCAAAGUCCUCAUAGAAGGCAUGAUAGGUCUAAGUCUCGUGGGCGUGAUGAUCGUUCUAGAUCAAGAUCUCCUCGAGGUCGUAGCCAUGGAAGAAAUUAUCGAGAGGAUAGUUAUGAUGACAAUAGACAUGAUAGGUCUGAGAGGCGAAGGGAUCGAGAAGAGAAACGGGAGCGCGAGAAUUAUUCAGUGGCUCCAUCCGCCACUGUAGUUGUGAAGGGUCUUUCUCAAAAGACGACCGAAGAAGACCUCUACCAAAUCCUUGCUGAAUGGGGACCCCUCCGUCAUGUCCGUGUGAUCAAAGAGCGUAAUUCUGGCAUUUCACGUGGUUUUGCAUUUAUUGAUUUUCCUUCAGUGGGAGCAGCACAAACAAUGAUGGACAAGAUUGGGGAGGAUGGACUAGUUGUUGAUGGCAGGAAGCUUUUCUUUGAGUACAGUAGUAAGCCGACYGGGGGUGCAGGAGGAUCUUUUGCUGCAGAAAAUACUACAAGAUCAGGUCAUUUUAACAAGAACAUGGCAAUGCCAUCUGAUUGGAUGUGCACCAUCUGUGGCUGUGUAAAUUUUGCACGACGAACUUCUUGUUUUCAGUGUAAUGAACCUCGGACUGAUGAUGCACCGCCGGCAGAURUUAAUAUGUCUAAUCAAUCCUCUUUAGGAAAGAGAGGACAAGAGGCAGGUCCUACUCAUGUUUUGGUUGUUCGUGGAUUGGAUGAAAAUGCGGAUGAGGAAAUGCUUCGCUAUGAAUUCUCUAAACAUGCUCCAAUUAAGGAUCUUCGCUUGGUUAGAGACAAAUUCACUCAUGUUUCUAGAGGAUUCGCAUUUGUACAUUUCCAUUCGGUGGAGGAUGCUACCAAAGCUCUUGAUGCCACAAAUGGCACAACCCUGGAGAAGAAUGGGCAAAUUUUACGAGUAGCAUAUGCCAAGAGCAUUCUUGGUCCAGGAUCAGGAUUGUCUGGAUCUUCACAGUCAAGCAGCCUUGCAGCUGCUGCAAUUGAGGCUGCAACAUUUGCUCAGCAGUAUGAUGCUGUUGGAUGGGCACCAAAGGAAUACAACCCGGACGACAAACAAUCCAAUGGUGGCCAGGGUCAAGGAGGCAAGGAGGUGGCAAUUCAAACUCACAAUUCUGCUCCCCAAUCUGGCUUUGUGUGGGAUGAAGCAUCUGGUUACUAUUAUGAUGCUGCUUCUGGGUUCUACUAUGAUGGAAAUACAGGUUUGUACUAUGACGGUAAUAGGGGAAUUUGGUACACAUAUGACCAUCAGAAGCAGGAAUAUGUCCCGUGCACUGAUCAGAGGGAGAGCUCUUCUGGAAAAGAUAGUGAGUUCCCCAAGACAUCAGAAGCAUCAAGUAAUAAAAAAGUAGUGAUUUCUGCGCCAGCAGCUACCAUUACAUCAGUUGAGAAGGCCGCCUCAUUGCCAGAUGCCGUCCAGGCUGCAGCAACAGCAGCAAUAGCUGCAGAAAAGAGGGAGAAAGAAAAGGCUAAAGAGAUAAAGCUUGCUUCAAAAAGUAGUAUACUAGCUAACAAAAAGAAGAUGAAUAAUGUUUUGACAAUGUGGAAGCAAAGAAGUCAUGAAGGACAGGCAACACGCGUGGCACUUGAUGACAAUCAAUUAUUAGCAUCAACUGAAGAUAAGUCUUACCCUGUUGGACAAUCCAUGAAGAGUAAGCCUAAAGCUGAUGUUCAAACCUCAAGGGAGAGCACUUCAUUCAACUCGGGAGCUGCUUCAACUGGUGCUCCCGAGUCUCAGGUUAAGCCAAGACCCGUUAGUAACAGCUCAGGGGGGACUCUGAUGGGUGUUAUCAGAGGUUCCGGGAGGGGUAUCAUAAAAUCAGAUAGUUUGUAUUCAACAUCCUCCAAUGUGGUCUCUACUUCAACUGUAUUAGAUGGUGCUGCUAAUCCAACUCUCUCAAUGACUGUUGAUACUCCCUCAAUUGUAAGUUCCUUCAGAACAGAUGCUUCUGCCUUGGGUUCUUACACACCUCCUGCUAGUUCUGCAAGUGGAAAGAGAAGGUUUUCUGAAAUGCCACAAGGCCCACAACCUUCUGCUUCUGYGAAUAGGGAACAACCACAGACUGCCUACAGAGAUCGUGCAGCUGAAAGGAGGAGUUUAUAUGGCUCGUCAACAUUCGUUGGGGAUGAUCGGUCCAACCUUGAGUUUGGGGAUUUGAAUCGAGAUAUUUCAGUCAAAAAGGGUUCUCUGGAUGCAAUGCCUUUUCCUCCUGGCGUUGGUGGAGGACGUGUAAGUGGGGAUGCAAAUCUCAACACUUUUGAAGUGAUUACAGCGGAUAAAGCAAUUGAUGAGAAUAACGUGGGCAAUAGGAUGCUCCGUAACAUGGGCUGGCAAGAAGGCUUGGGUCUAGGUAAGGAUGGAAGUGGAAUGACGGAGCCGGUCCAGGCUCAAGCCAUGGAUAGCAGGGCGGGACUUGGGAGUCAGCAGAAGAAGUUGGAUCCAAGACUUGAGAUUCAGGCGGGCGAUAGCUACAAAACUCUCAUUCACAAGAAAGCACUUGCUAGGUUCAGGGAGAUGUCUUAAAAUGAUGGUAUGUAAGUCAGUUAAUUGUCAGGAAACUCAAACAAAUCAAAUGUACAAAACUUUUGGAAAAUUGAAGUUAUCUCCACUCAAUGUUAUUAGGGUAUGGAAUCAAGUUUUGUUUCUUCUGUUCUGAUUAUUGGAUCAUUUAGUUCAGAAUUA